AUGGUGGUGAGAAGCAGCAGGAUGUCUAACGGACAGGCUGCGGAAUCUGUGGAGGAGGCCAGCUUGGAGCCGGAUGAUGUCACCGUCAUUGAGAAUGAUACCAGGCCCACUGGAGCGAUGUCCCUGGACAGCCAUGUUCCUCUGGUUACCUUAACACAAGCAGGGAUUCUCCAAGACAAUAUUGCAUCGGAAGAUCUGACCAUCACGUCUGAUGAGAAAGUAAUUUCGGGGGCUUCCCGUGACCUCGACACAUACUUUGUAACAAACAUCUCCACACCCCAGCUGGUCAGUGACCACGGCACAGUAAAGGCAAGAUCAAAUCAGAUGUCUGCGAUGAAGAAGUCUGGACACUACCCUAUCCAUGAAGCUGAC